AACCGCUUUCACUCCUCGAUAUCAUACAAAUGGAUCUGUCUCGGCAUGAAUUUGCAUCUGCCUGCGAAAGCGCAGUUGGUACCCCAUAUACCCCUGACGAAGUGGUACACCUGGCAGCUGGCUUACAGUUUGCUGGGGUGACGAGUGUAGUUGGGACAUUGUGGAAAGUCAACGAUACAACUGUGGAGCGCUUAGUCGAGGUGUUCUACAAGAUUUUUUGUGGGAAUGGCACGAUGAACUCGAAAAGAACUGCCCGAUCGCUGCAUCGAGCAGUCCAGUCGUUGGCUUGUGACAAGGACAUGCUUUUGGAUCAGCACAUCGUGUUCAUGCAUAUUGGCGUAUGAUCAACUUCCAUCCUGCUGUCACUACACGCAGCCUGUUGCAAGAAAAAAAUUCAGAUUUUAGGACU